GCCGGCCCCGCCACCCGAAGACGCGCCCCCUGCGCCAUGUCGAAGAAAAAAGGAUUGAGCGCAGAGGAAAAGAGAACUCGCAUGAUGGAAAUUUUUUUUGAGACGAAAGAUGUAUUUCAAUUAAAAGACAUGGAGAAGAUUGCUCCCAAAGAGAAAGGCAUUACUGCUAUGUCAGUAAAAGAAGUUCUCCAAAGCUUAGUUGAUGAUGGUAUGGUUGAUUGUGAGAGGAUUGGAACGUCUAAUUAUUAUUGGGCUUUUCCAAGCAAAGCUCUUCAUGCAAGGAAACGUAAGUUGGAGGUUCUGGAGUCUCAGUUGUCUGAGGGAAACCAGAAGCACGCAAAUCUACAGAAAAGCAUCGAGAAGGCUAAAAUUGGCCGACAUGAAACGGAAGAGCGAACCAGGUUAGCAAAAGAGCUUUCUUCACUUCGAGAACAAAGGGAACAGCUAAAGGCAGAAGUAGAAAAAUACAAAGAAUGUGAUCCGCAAGUUGUGGAAGAAAUACGUCAAGCAAAUAAAUUAGCCAAAGAAGCUGCUAACAGAUGGACUGAUUUGGGUGUCAGUACUGUGCUUUCCUCUUUAAGAAGAUAUGGAAGUUUUCCUUUCUUUGAACCAAUUUAUGUAACAUUGGGAUUAUCUGCCUUCUAAAGAUACUCAGCUAUAAUUUCAAACAAGAACAAAACAAAUAUUAGGUCAUUUGUACAUACGAUCAACACCAUUUUGUUUUUUAUUUAACAGUUCAAAAAGUUUGUUUUGUUCAAAAAGAUUGUUUUCUUGCUAUGUACUAUUUUUUCAUAAAGAUAUAUUAAGAUGAUGGAUUUGUUUUCAUUUUCAUGUUAUUUCCGAUAAUAUUUUCAAAGAACAUUUCCAAACAUACCUAUUUGCACAUUUGGGGGAUUUAUAAGGAUGAAUUCCUCGACAUCCCCCUUUUCCCAAAAGAAUCCCUGUUCAUGAAGAACUGAUGUGCUAAAAGAAUAUGAGAAACAUGACAGCAGAAUUUUAUAGAAAAGCAGAGGAAGAGUAAUAGCUUUGAAGACUUUUUAAAUUGCUUUUUUCAUGGAUUUUCAGAAAUGGACCCUAACUAAUUUUUUAUUAAAGAGAUUUGUAUAAAAUGAGCUGAGAAUCUAUUAUCAAAAACAGAUUUAUAAAAAAAUACUGCCAUUUAGCUAGAAUUUAUUAAUAAAAAAAAUUGUAAUUACUGCUCAGUUAUUGUUAGGUUAAAGAUUGGCUUUUAAAAGUUAAAGUCCAAAUGCUUUCUGGGAAACGUCUCUAAAAUAUACCUUACCAAUCCGGAGACCAGAUCUGUGGCAGAGAGGGUUGAGUUCAUUUGCACGCCUGCACUUGGAAGGCAUCGUGUUUCACAUAACAUUUUGAAAAGUGACUAUGAGAACUUUUUACACAUUUCAACUGAACAGAUGUGUGAUUUUUUUUCUGCCCAGUUGUGGUUGUUACCGUCUUUAAGUAAACAUACUUCUUGCUUACAUGUGUUUUCUGUGUUAUGUGAGCUCUGGGGACCCACACCUGACUGAGUUUAACUUGCUGAGCAAGUUUCCAUCUGAGCAGAUUUGGUUUGAUUCUUAGGUCAACUGGAACAAAUAUUUUGCCCUGAAGUACCCUAAUAAAGUCAGUUUGUAUCUACAGGAA